GUGUUUGCAGUUGCGCACAGCAGGUAGAAAGUCAGGUCAUUCAGGACUGAUCUGUUCUAAAGAGGGUGUGUUCAGAUCCCCUGCUGCUGAGACGCUUCUUUACUGUGCAGGGCAACAACGUACUUUUCUCCUCCGUCUCAGAACAGGCGUCAGCCAUGGCCUCAGGUGUAGCCAUCAGUGAUGAGGUGGUAUAUCACUAUAACGCAAUCCGGGUGCGCCAAACAGGAACUGAGGUGGGGCAAAGGUUUAAACUUGUGGUCAUGUGUUUGAGCAAAGACCAAAAGAGCAUCGUAGUGGACGUUGAAAACUGCCUGAAAGUCAAAGAUGUGGGGAACUCGGAUGUCUUAAAGCAGAUCCUCAGUAAGCUUCCUACCAAUGAGUGCCGCUACGCCCUGUACGACUGCUCCUAUGCGAGCAUGGAGAGUGUGAAGGAGGACCUAGUCUUCAUCUUAUCUGCCCCUGAAAACGCCUCCUUAAAGAGCAGAAUGGUCUAUGCAAGCUCAAAGGCUGGUCUUAAGGCCAAAAUGCCAGGUUUGAAAUUUGAGUGGCAAAUUAAUGAACCUGCAGACAGAGAAGCAUCAUGUCUUGUGGAGAAACUUGGUGGAAAGGUCAUGGUUAAGUCUUUGGAGGGGAUCCGUGUUGACCAAUAAGCCCAAUGACCCAGCAGCCCCCUUAUCAGUCUAUUAGUCAAAAUGAAAUUUUUUUUUUUUAGGUAUGCUAUUAAACUGAGUAUUUCAUUGGAACCAGUAUUUGUCAUUUGACCAAGUGAGAACAACUCAUAUUUAUCCAUUUACAAUUAAUGAUCAUUAUUAAACAAAUACCAACACUUUUUUGUAACAAACCAUCAAAUAUAGUAUAAUGACAGCAAAAAUCCUGUGUUGGAAAUUACAAUUGGACUGUGCUACCUAAUGCAACUGUGUACUUGAAAAAUAAAAUCAUGUGAUUUUCAAAAA